GCUUGUCAGACUCAGGAAAAACAACUUUUAGUUUACCAAACUUUAAGGAAACAAGAAAGCGUGGUAUUUUUUGCGACGCUUUCAUAAAAUAAAUUUCGACACCCUACACCUUUUCCCGUUUUUUUAAAAAAAAUAUUUUUAAUUUUUAAAUGUAAUUCAAUUUAGUUGAAGUUUCGACUAUAUUCUCAGCGCUAUAUUUUGGAAAACAGGAAUUGAAGUGAAAUCUACAGUCUGCUGAAGUCAGCCGAAAGCAUUAGGAGAGCAAAAAUUACCACCUCGCACAUUCAGGAGAAGACUAAAGGUACGACACCACGUUAACGUUGACUGGACAGCAGCUGCCUCAGCAGUGCCGCAGCACAGAGAUGCCUCCACGACUGGAUAAUGUCAUGCAUUUGUGCUGUGAAUUAUCAGCUCAUCACCAGAUCAAGGUUGCUGUGAAAAACUCCACCAAAGGAGCAGUGGUGGCAGGAGGAGCUGCCUUUGUAGGUGGACUGCUCGGUGGACCACCAGGGAUUGCUGUUGGUGGAGCAGUCGGUGGUCUGCUUGGCAGCUGGCUGACCAGUGGUGAGUUCAGGCCUCUGCCUCAGAUCCUGAUGGAGUUGCCUCCUACCCAGCAAGAAAGGCUCUAUGAAGACAUCAUGGCAGUGUUAGGCAGCCUGGACUGGACAGAUGCAGCUCAGCUCCUUGCUCUUGUGAUGGGCAACAGCACUCUGCAGCAGCAGGUCACUGCUGCACUACUCAACUAUAUCACAAAGGAACUCAGAGCAGAGGUGCGUUAUCAAGACUAAGUUCUGGCUCCAUGUAGACUUUUCCAGACAGUCAGGCCUGGCAAACACAAUCACAGUGCAUAUUGGUGUAUUUUACACCAAACAGGAAAAACUGUGAAUUAUAGGUUUCACUUUCAUAGGUGGGCCAUAUUCUCAACUACUGACUUGUCUGUGCACAAAUAAAGUUUUGUAUAACAGACGGAUGUCAAAAAGCUAUUGUGUGUUUUUUUGUUUGUUUGUUUUUUUAACUGAUUAUUUACUUACAAGUUUUGGGAUUAAAAGUGCCAUUUUGAAAGAUACAUGGGGACACGUGUUGGUGUUAACCCAGGAUUUGGGUUACUUUCUCAGGAGCAGUUGGAGUGUUUUUUUCAUGAGAUACUGCUCCACCACAGCAGCCAACCUCACUGCAGGGUUGGCUAGCCUCUGCUAGGUAUUGUUACAGGAGUAGCACGUACUUACUGCUAGGUAUGUGAGUGGUGUUGCUGUUUUAUGUGAGUGUGUGUGUUAAAGAUGGAAAUGGAAAUUGAAUGAAGGAAAUGAAAGUAAAAUGAUGGCUUUGGGCUAAAAUUUUCCCAAAUGGGUAAAUAUAUG